ACACUUGAUUUGAUUUUAUUGGUCGACAAUAGAUUGGCCGGUGACGAGAAUGAAUUGCUUGAAGAAAUCAAAUGGCAGCAUUCUGCUGGAGCCAGUGGAGGCGAGUGCACCGCCCAACUACCCCUUGUACCCCGUGCAGCCGCCCUACAACCCCGAGGUCUGGGAGCGCGGGGGGGAGGCCGCGGGGAGGGGGCGCCGCUCGCUCUACGAGGGAGUGAACUGCGCGCGCGCACACUCGCCGCCGGUGAGCGAUGCAGCAGUACCCGACUGCAUACUGAUUGCACGCAACAACUUUAAUAACAAUUCGUGUGAUUAACGCCUCUACGUUAACAACUCAACAGUGUGGUGUGGUGUGUAACAACUAAAGCCCCGCGUUAUAUCAGUGCAGUGCCGUGCUUAUUUAUAAACCUCCGCAUUUUAUACCUAUUUUGCCCAAUAAAACUCGGAUCAAAGCGGAAGGGAGCCCGGAAUGCAAGACGCCGCGAUCUAUUUCCGGGCGCGGACGUCGGCCCUUCGCGCGUAGGCGCCGCUCACUCGUCACUGGAACAUGCGCGAGCUCAGCCGCGGGGGCUCGCUCGUGGCGGCCACCAUCGCCGCGCUGCACAGCCGCGCCGACCUCGAGCCCAAGAGCCGGCCGCCGCCCGCCCGCCGCCGCCGCGCCGAGCGCCCGCUCUCCACCGCCUCCGAGGCCUCCGAGCGCGACUCCACCUCCGUGCAGUCCAGCGAGGACCCGCCCCCACGACACAGCGGCGACUCGGACAGCCCCGACGAGGCCACGCUCCGCUGCGCCGGCUGGAAGGACGGCGCGCCCUGCGUGCCCGCGCGCGCCGACUCCUCCGACACGGCGUCCUCCUCGUCCUCCAGCGAGGACGACUACGCGCCGGGCGACGACGCGCACUACCGCACGCUGACGCCGAGCCGCCGCCUGGACGGCUCCACGCGCCGCGACGACGACUUCAGGUGGAUGCCGUCGGCCGACGCGGACGAUGGCGGCGAACCCAAGUCGAUGGAGAACCGGACGGAGGAGUACUCGUCGGCGAGCCUAGACAGGCGGCGGCGCCGGACGCCGAGCGACCGCAGCGACCGCGACCGCAAGACGCGCUCGUCGCUGUCGUCGAAGCCUCCGCAGCACCCGGCCAGCGUGCGCGCGUCGCCGCGCCCGCGCCGCCCGCGCGUGGAGGAGACGCCGCCCGACCUGCAGCGCCGCUGGAACUCGUACGAGCACUUCCGCUGGCCGGGCCCGGGGGGGCCGGGGGACGGGGGCUGGUGGCCGCCCGUGUGCUGGUGCCACGCGCCGCCGCCGCCCUGCUGCCCGCACGACCGCUCCUGGACGCACCACACGCCCACACCCACACAUCGGAACAAGAACGAUGCAGAAGACCGCGUGCGUCGGCUGGAGUCGGACAAGGAGAGUCUGCAGCUGCAGGUGCAGGUGUUGUCGGAGCAGGUGUCGGCGCAGAGCGACAAGAUGGCCGACCUGGAGCGGGCGCUGAUGGACACCCGGCAGCGGCUGGAUGACGCCGAGCAGAGGCUGCAGAAGGAGAUGCUACAGCGCUCAUCCCUAGAGACACAGAAGCUGGAGCUGCUAUCGAAGCUCAGUGAGAUGCGGCUGCGCGUGGCCGAGCGAGGCGUUCUGGAGCGCUCCCCGCCGCCGCCAGAUGUCGCCACCCCGCUAGCGAGGCCUGUCGCACCCAGGACACCACCAGCGAACUACGGCCGUCAGAUCGAGCGCAACACCCACAUGUACUCUUCGCUUCCUCGCUCCUCGAUACUGACCCCCGAGGCGCGGCUCGCGUUCGGUAAACAAAACAAUAUGGUGGUGGCGCGCGGCCGCGGACACUCCGUGCCUAACUUAGCGGAGAAAGAAGAGAACAACCGAGGCAGUCCGUCGCCGUCGCUGCGGUCCAUGGCGAGACUCGAACGCGCGCCGCCGCGCCUGUCGCACACGCCGCAACCACAGAUCCCAAGACAAACAACAGACGUGAAACUCUGGGACACCGAAGAAACGUGCGCCUGGUUAGAAAGCAUGGGCCUAGAAGACUAUGUACCGGCCGCGCGCACUUGGCUCAACGCGACGCCCGACGCAAGAGGGGUUAUAGCCGGGGCUAACGCGAGCACAGUCGAGAGGGAACUAGGGAUCAAGCAUCCUAUGCAUACGAAGAAGAUUAUGUUGGCGCUGGCUGAUAUGCAGGGCACCCACAACGACCCGUACCUAACCGCGGCGGGCGCGCUCGACACGGGCUGGGUGGCGCGCUGGCUCGAGGACGUGGGGGUCAGCGGCGCGCGCGGGCCCGCCCUGGCGGCGCGGCUGGACGGCCGCUGUCUGCACCGCCUGGCUCACUCCGAGCUGCACCUGCACCUGCGCCUGCACCUGGCGCUGCCCGCGCUGUCUGUGCGCCGAGGCAUCCAAGUCCUGCGCGACAACUCGUUCCGCCCGGACACUAUGAUCCGUCGCGCGGCCGACAACGGCGAAGACUUAUCACCGUCGCAGAUCGCGCGCUGGUCCUCGCACCGAGUCAUGCAGUGGCUGAAGGAGAUCGACUUGGCCGAGUAUGCGCCUAAUUUGAGAGGGGCCGGCGUGCACGGAGGGCUCUUACUGCUGGAGCACCGGUUCACGGCGGAGCUGCUGGCGGCGCUGCUCAACAUCCCCGCCAACAAGACGCUGCUGCGCCGGCACCUCACACAGAGAUUCAACGACCUAUUAGGUAGAGACGUGAUCCAGCAAAAGCGGAACGCAGAACAAACUCUGGGAUACCAACCGCUCACCGCUACCACCAAAUAUAAGGUACCAAAGAAGAGCCAGUUCUCGCUAAAACGCAAGAAGAGCAAAGACGAGCUCGACCUCAGCGACCUGGUGUGCCCGCUCACAGAAGACUGCUCAGGUGACGCUAACAGCACGCCCACGAUGAAAGUAAAAGUAGCUUCGGGCGUCGCGUCGGCUGUCUCUCCCCCGCGUGACGUCACGGAGCGCGCGCACUAGCGACACCUAGUCGACGGGCGACGUACUACUUGGACGUUAGAGUGAGGUAACAAAUGUUUAUUGGCCCUCGGAUCGAUGGAUCGAUUUGAUGGUAAUAAAAAACUGAUCAUGAAGAUUUUAACUCGGCAAAACUAAUAUUUUGUAUUUCAUUAAAAUGGUAACGGAUAGACCCAUAUUAAUAGUUUACUUUUAUGAAAUCAUUCUUAUGUUCUACACAUUGAACGAUAAUGGAACGAUAUCUAAAUGUAUUAUGAUGAACAGAGUUUUUAAUACCUUGAAUUUGCUUCCAUUUUAAACUAAACCAGCGCACAAUCUUACAAUUUGAAGCUAAACUUAUAAAACGACACUUUUUAUUGGCACGUAAAUACUUUCAGAAGUAACAUAUUAUAUUGAAUAUUGGUGCUAAAUUCACAAUAAUCUUGUGCCGAUGUUUUGACCAUAAUAUAUUAUGUAUUUACUAAUUUUAAAAUUUAUGAAAGUCCAAAAGCAUGUAUCUAGCACCUAAAGUUUUAUUAAAUCGUUAAUCUACAAUUGAAUUGUACAUUAGUUUGUAAUUAUCAAUUUAGUAGGUGGAUGUAAACAUAAGAUUUAUAUUUAUGAAUAAAGUUUAACUGCCAAAAAUCAUGUUAAUCAAUCGAAAGAUUAAGUAGUCGUAGAAACUUAAAUUAUUUAUUUCAUAGAUAGAUAUGAGUAAGUUUAGUUUACGUUUUCUGCGUAAGCGUUAAUUUAUGUUUAAAUAAUUAUACCUACGCAUAAAAGAAUAAUUUCAUUUAUACAAACAUAAUAUACAGAUAAGCCAUAAACAUUCCACUGGAAAUUUUGAACCAAAAUAACAAUGCAGGUCGAAUUUAAGCACGUUUGAAUAUAAUUAUUUUAUGUACGCAAUAGAGAUAAAUAAUGGAAGGUGGUUUUAAAAUAUACCUGCGUAGUCCUAGCUUGUUAGGAAAUUAUGACUGAGUGAUGACAAUAUACUCUGUCUCAUUUCUACCUAGUUAUAACGUUGCGAAAUACUUUCAUAAAUACAAUAGUAACUUUUACCGUUUCAUACUUGUGUAAUUUAUACAGAAAAAUAAGAAAGUACUCAAAGUUUAUUAAUAAAGUUAAAUUUUAGCUCGUAAUAUAUUUUAUAAGCAUUAAUAAUAUUAGUAGGUUCACCUGAUCGCACAAUACAUAAUUUAGGAAUUGUUUGCGUUUGAUAUUAGUUUACAAUACGUUGAUGUCUUGUUCGUAUUAAUUUUAUAAAGUUUAGUGAAUUUCAAUCCCGUUCCUAAAACGUGCCAAGUUUUAUAACAAAAUUGUACUUACUUAUUGUAGUGUUCAGCGGCUGCCAACCCUGUCUUCCAUAGCUUUAUACGAACAACCCUCGAGUAUCAAUAAUAUCAUUGUAAUUUACAACGUAACGUUAAUCGAUUUUAAUAACAGUUAAUAAAAAUAAACGAGAGAGACAA